GCACCUGAUUUAACACAGGGAGACAAUCAUUAGUCCAGGUUGUUACCUUCUUCAGUGUCUGAGGGGAGAACCUGACUCUGGCCUGAAGGUAAAUUGGAAGUAAUGGGAACCAUCUUUGACUCAUGGAGAAUAACUACAGCUGUCAUUAUUACUAUACUACACAUCCAAGCUGCAAUCGCCACCAAAACCGCACUUUUUUCUGGUGUGGAAGGUGAGAGUUUUACCUUCAGAUGUGAAUAUCCAAAUGGCCUGACGGAGAAAAUGAAGUACCUGUGUAUUGCUGAGUGCUCCAGUUACUUGAUAAUGACAGACAAACAUAACCGGUGGGAGACCAAAGGACGCUUCUCCAUGUACGACAACACCACUGGAAGCUUCUUCAUUGUCAGGGUGGAUAAACUGAGGUUAAAUGACAGUGCGACGUACUCGUGUGGAGUGGAUAUCAGCUUCAAUCCUGACUAUCGCAGCACCAUAAAACUGAAUGUUUCCCAAGCACAUGAACCUCAGCUGUUGUUCCACCUGCCGCUGGUCCUGACUGCUGUUAUGUGCAUGGCAGCACUCAUGUUUGUGUGUCUGUUCACAUUAUGUCUUCUACUGGUUCUGAAACACAGAAGAUCAAACCGACCGCAGAAUAAAGAGAUAACGUCUGACUAUGAGACUAUGAUGCCAGGUCCAAAAGCUGAGCCUCAAUGUUGCUGCAGCUGUUCGGCCCCAAACUUUGGUGAUCCUUCAUCUUUACCAUUACCAUCAGCACCACCACCUGACCUCUGCUCCAGCUUCCUACCAAAGCAUCGGGAGUCUGCUCUCUCAUUUGGCGUUGGUGAAUAUGUUGAUGUGGAUGUACUAGGAAACAUCUGCCAGUACCAACAUCUGGAUCUCAGCCAGUUAGAAGAGCAUGUCUAUCAAAGUCUUCAUGUACAUAGUUGUCCUAAACACGAACCUAUUAAAGAGGAGAUGAACUGUUUAAAUGUCAAAAGAUAAUUCUAGGCUAAUCGCACCUUAAGUCUUAGUAGUGUGGUUUCAAUCAGCCUCUCACAAAAAGUACACAGAGAAUAGAAUAGAAUAGAAUAGAAUAGAAUAGAAUAGAAUAGUACAUAGUGACAUAGAGUAGCUUGGUAAAUAUGUAAUUGAUAAUUAAAAAGAUGAAAUGAAAUUACCAAUCCUGAUCCUGAUUUAAUAUACUAGUUUUAUCCUUUUACAGUGUUUGGAUGAAAGAAAGAGCUGAGUAAUUCAAAACUUUUGGAUCUUUAUGCAAUUUCUUAAAGUGUACAUUUUUGUUUUGUUUAAAUGGCAAAAAGAAAAAAAGAAAAACCAAAAACUGUGAGUGGAUGGUUUAAGCACUAUCAGUUUGCUCUAUGAUUUGUAUUAUAUUUGCCAAAAUAAACCAACAGGUUCAUAUCUGAA